AGACAAACGCACAUUAACGCACUAGCACACGAAGCUCUUUUAGUCCUGCGGUGAUUUUUAAACCCUCGGAGAAACACGGCAUCACUCCAUUGUUGACCUUCAUGGUGGAUGAGCACAAUGUUCCUUCCCCUGAGCUUCAGAAAAUGAACGCCUCUCUGUGUGACCCUGCAGUGGUUAUGUAUCAACUGGUGGCAGACCACCAACUUAAUACCAGCUGCAACUGCUCCUCUGCCCUUUCAAACUGGACAGUGAGGGGCGUGGCCCCUCAGCUGCCCACAUUCAGUACAGCGGCGAAAGCGAGAGUGAUCAUCACCUUCAUCCUCUGUGGCAUAUCUGCCUUUUGUAACCUGGCAGUGCUGUGGGCGGCUCGCAUAGAUGGGAAACGAAAAUCCCACGUGAGGGUGCUGAUUGUCAACCUGACGAUGGCGGAUCUGCUCGUGACCUUCAUCGUGAUGCCCGUAGAUGCGGUGUGGAACAUCACAGUUCAGUGGCUUGCCGGAGACUUUGCCUGCAGGCUGCUGAUGUUUCUUAAGCUGCAGGCGAUGUACUCCUGUGCCUUUGUCACAGUUGUGAUCAGUCUGGAUAGGCAGUCAGCCAUCCUCAACCCUCUGGCCAUCAAUAAGGCCAGAAAGAGGAACAGAAUCAUGCUCACAGUGGCUUGGGUUAUGAGCGUUGUGCUUUCUGUCCCUCAGAUGUUCCUUUUUCACAAUGUGACCAUCAUCCAUCCCGAGGACUUUACUCAGUGCACAACACGGGGGAGCUUUGUCACCCACUGGCAUGAAACGGCCUACAACAUGUUCACGUUUUGCUGCCUGUUCCUGCUGCCGCUGGUCAUCAUGAUUACCUGUUACACCAGGAUCUUCUGUGAGAUCUCCAGACGACUGAAAAAGGACAACUUACCUUCCAGUGAAAUGCACCUGCGGUGUUCAAAGAAUAACAUCCCGAGAGCCCGGAUGAGAACUCUGAAAAUGAGUAUUGUGAUUGUUCUGUCUUUCAUCAUCUGCUGGACUCCAUACUACCUGCUGGGCCUGUGGUACUGGUUCUUCCCUGACGACCUGGAGGGGAAGGUUUCCCACUCCUUAACUCAUAUCCUGUUCAUCUUUGGGCUUGUCAACGCCUGCCUGGACCCGCUCAUCUACGGCCUAUUCACCAUCCACUUUAGAAAGGGGCUCCGGAGGUUUUAUACCGGCACCACCACAUCAGCUGAUCUGGAAAACAACACUGUCAUAACUGGGUCUUUUAGUUGCGCUGCCAACUCUUUGUCACUGAAACGAGAGGUGAGCCCUGCCAGCCCUGAGAGGCUCCUGCUGUGCAAAGCAGAGUGGACCCCACCAAGGAGCAGCUUUUUAACAGCCGACAACGACACAGACAGAAAAACUCACCAGUCCAGUGCUGAGAGCAUCUUAUGA